GUAAGUUUUACCAUGGUUUCAUUUCCUCUUGCAAAACUAGGUAUGCUAGCUGUCAGGCAAAUAAGUAAACCCAUUGUCAAAGUAAUUAAGCAAACUGCCGAAACAAAUCAAACAUUUAGAGCAUAUCUAGUUAAUCCAAUAGCGCAAACCUACCAUUGGAUUGGGGUAAGAUCUAAAAUGUGGAUGAUAGGCAUGAGCCAACCGAAGUAUGUGCCACCAUUAAACAAAUCCAUGGCUAUUGAGACUGGCAGUAACCUAAUCGGUGAGAUAUGCCUAUUUACAGUUUGUGCCAGCUUGAUUUCACUGGAGUUUUUACGCCAAUCGAAAAAUGAUCAGAUUAAAAAUAAUAAACAAAAGGAAGAGAAGGAAAAACUGAUAAAAGAGAUUGAAGUAUUGCAAGAUCGUGUUAUGGCUCAGACUAAUGAAAUUUAUAGUCUUAAAGCCAAGUUGUAUCAAUUGCAUAGGGUUCUGAAUUAAAAACGUAUAAACACCAAGUAAAUAUGUGUAAAUACCUUAUCCAAUAGAUUUUUUGUUAAUAAUUCAAUUGG